CGGAGGGAGAACGCUGCGUCUAGCGAGGACCGCCCGUCCUGUGUGAACGCGAACGUUAAUCAAUGAAGCCGAGUCCAGCUACAGUGUAGUGAUUGGCUUCCUGUAGGUGGGCAAACUCUCACUGCUAGCCACACAACGGAUUUAUUUAGCAGAACAAAAAUGGUUGGACUGUGUUUGAUUAGUCAGUGGUAGCUACGUGUUCGUCACCAUCGACAUCUGAAUGCUCUUUUAAAGAGCUCGAGCCGCGGCGUUGUUGGCUAAAUGCAGCAAUGGCAUACGACAUGCAAGGAGAGAAUGGAACGGUAUCCUUGGAUUUUAUACACAGUAUUUCAGAUAAUGUCACGGGUCCGGAUAGACUGUUGACGAAUGUUACCAAACGGUUUGUUCAGCCAUAUAGAGUGUUAUCAAAACUAGAGCAACUUCAGAAAGAGCUAGACCUUGUGACAAUGCCAGCCGCCUUAUCUACAGGAAUUGUGACAAAUAUUCUUAUAGUUUGCACAUUCCUCAUUACCCCCGUGGGACGUCACCCUUUGAGUAUUUAUCUGACCGCCGUUGGACUGGCUGACCUCACCUUUCUGUUGUGUUCAAUGAUCCUGUGGAUUUCCAGAAAUGUGUUUGAUAUUUACAACCACACUGGGAUGUGUCAGCUGACAACAUAUGCCUUAUUCCUGUCUACCUUUCUUGGGACGUGGUACCUAGUUUCUGCGCAUCUGGAGCGGUGCUUUUGGCAGUUUGGACAGCGUCGGAGGAAGAGAUGGUGCACGAAAUUUCGUUCUAAAUGUAUCAUCAUAACAAUCGCUAUCUUCUCAAUGGUGGCCUACCUUUAUCUACUGUGGACUCACAUCGUCAGGAGAAUCAGUCGGAAGAUGGCAAUGUGUGCCCCUAUGUUAGAGAGUAUGAGAGAUCUUGAAAGGCUACGGAAAGUGGAGAUAGUGUUUUCUGUGUUCAUCCCCAUGGUGUUAAUUGUCUUAAUGGACAUUACGCUUCUGAUCAAAUGUGCAGCAGAUCGGUGUUUCGGUGAGAGCAGAACUAAAACUACAUCUCGGUCGGUGCGAAUGUCAACAAGAGUAAGUGCCGCACUGGUGUCCAAUGGUCUGGAUUUGUCUUCAGAAAGUUCAGCAGCAACAUUGGUGUGUGUCAUUUGUGGAAUAAUGUACGUGGGACUUCUCAUGCCUUCGGUGUACAUCCGAGCCAAGUUAAGUUUCACAAGUGUUCGGAAACCCUUGGACUUUCAGCUGAUGGGGUUGUUUGAAAACCUUGCCAAAUUCAAUGCUGUAUAUAAGUUUUUCUUGUAUGUGAUAUUUUUAGGCAGUUUCCGCAGGGGUCUGGUGGCUCUGUUCAGUUUAUGUUGCGUAUCCAGGAGACGCAGAACAAACAAUGACCAUGGGCGCUCGUGUGGAUGUUGUAACAAGCAGAGUCCAGGCGGCCAAGCGACAGAUUUUGUGUAAUCUUCAAAUAUCUCGUUCUAUUUAUCAGGUGAGACAGGAUAUGCUCAAGGAGACUCGCAGGUAUUUUUCACCCUUCAUUAUAUUAUAGGAAACCUGAUACGCUUUGAUCACUUCGUAUUCACAAAAUGACCUUUCUGUGUACCUCGUAAUUUGAUUGUAUAUAGUGUCCGCUAAAACCGGCCAUGAAAUAAAUUAAUUGCCUUCGUGACA